CAUAUUUUAUGUUAGAAGACCACGACGCACUAAAAGAAUUUCAUAAAACAUAACAGAAGACAUAUGAGUUCUUUCAAAUUUUAUGUCGAAAAUUUUGCUGACUUUAUGAAAUUCAGCACAACGAAACUUUGUUUUUCAGUUACAAGUUUAUUUUUGCAUUAUAGGAAAGAAUAAGUAUGAAUAAAAAUAAAUCUUGAUAUUUAUAAAAUGAAGAUAGAUGAAUUAUUUAUUUUUGAAAAUUAAAGAAUAAAGAAAGAUUUGUUCUGUUAUAGAUAAAUAGACAAAUACAUAGUAUAACAACUGGAUAUGUGAAGCAAUAUUCUUUCUUGCCAUGAAUAUCACUUCGACAUGUUUUAUUAUUAGAUAAUCAAGCGAGUGCAUGAAAAAAAGAAUAUAUAUGCAAAAAAAACUUUUUGCAUAGUUCAUAUCAUCUAUGGGAUUUAUUGUUGGAAAAAUAAAAAAAUUUCCGAUGUUUAUUUUAUUAAUAUAAAAAUUGUACUUAUAUUUAUAAAAUAAAGUAAAGAAAAUGUGACCCUAGUAAAAAAUAAAUAUUGUUUUGCAACUAAAAUUACUUUCUUCUUUUUUCUAGGAUGGGGUUUAGUCACUAAAAGCACCUGAGAAUAUCAUUAUUAUAUUAAAACUUAAAAUCUUGCAAUAGACAUACUCACUUUAUAAGUAUUAUUCUACUCUGUCUACGCCCUAUGUCCAGUUCUUAGGGCAGGUCAAGAAAAGAAAUACUCUGCGAGAGUCUCUUAUCCAAGACUUGUCUGUGAACAGAAUUUUAGAUGGAAAUCUUAUAACCAAGAUUUCAGGAAUGGUCUAAUCCAGAAAAAGAAAAUUUCAAUAUAAGAAUAUCAUAGUAACAGAAAAACUGAUUUUGCAAAUAUUGACGGUUUUAAUGAGAGAAUAGUUUAUUGUGAAAGUGCCACAUCUUUUCAUUUGGUUCUCUCUUGAAAUUCGAAAUUUGAAAAUUAUUUUUUUCUGUUAACACAACAUUCAUUUGAAAAUAUUCUUUUAAUUUAGUUUUCAUUAAACCUAUACUAAUUAGCAAUCAUUUCAUCAUCAUCUGCUGAAACAAAAUAUUCAUACAAUAACUAUUCGACAAUUGAUUAUUUAUUUUAUUUGGUUCAUGUUAUAUAUCAAAUAUAAGUAGUGAUCAAUCCAUAGAAUAUAGUGCAAUGCGAUAGUAAAAUAAACAAAAAAAAAACGAAUUUGAUCUAUUCUGUUUUUUUUUGUUUUCUAUUUUAGUUUUUAUUGAACUCGAUUUACUUGUUCAAUUACCUCUAAUUCGUGUUAAUUAUAGUUGAUUAAAUGCUGAUGAAUUUUCGUUAUAUUUUUAAUCUUUUCGUUUAUUUUUUAAACAGCAUUUUCUUACUCAUAUAAUCUAUUAACUGGAAAUGAUUGAAGAAACUAUGCCAAAUUAUGAUAUAUCAUCACAUUUUGUUUUAUUGUAUUGCUAAAUUUUUUGUUAUAUUAUCAACAUAAUAGAUUUCAUUCAAGACAAAUUAUUCAAGUGAAAGAUUUAAUAAAACAUUGUGAUUAGUUAAUAGCAAGUGGACAUGAACUUGAAACACAUGCUUUAGCACUAUUCGAAUUGGUUGUUUUUAAUGUAUUUUUUGUUGAAACAUUACUUAAACCAGCUCGAUAUAAUAAAGUAAUUGUUCGAAAUGAAGGUAAUAAAUGGAAACGUUUUUCACGACAAAUUGUCGAUGUACUUCUUGUUCAUCUUACUAUUGGUUUAUCUAAGGAUCAAUCACUUUUGGAUAUUUAUUCAACACAAUUAACACUAUUUGAUGUUGUAUCAUCAUUUGAAUUACGACCAAUUGAUCCAUUUGUUGUCGCUUUUCGAGCAUCAACAA